AGAGCCCGUUUCUUUCCGACACUGUUGGAGGCGUAAAAGGAGAGCAGACCUCCUCAACAAAAAGCGGGUCAGUCUCUUGGGUAAACUUGCUUUUUAUAAGUGACUAAAGAUGUCGCCCUACCCAGCGAUACUGGUGCUCGAUCUUUCACUUCCACUCGCGCUGAAGUCGUCGUCAUUGCCCGAUUUGCAGUGGACGUCCCAGUUCCAAGCCUCUUCAAGCUCCACUUUCUUCUCUCUUAACACCAUGAGCAAGCUCGACCGCGCCGUCUACGACCAGUACAUGACCCUCGACGUGUCCGAGAGCGUCACGCUCGCCGAGUACGUCUGGAUCGGCGGGUCGGGUCAGGAUCUACGCUGCAAGACCAAGACGCUGACCAAGCCCAUCAAGUCGGUGGCCGACCUGCCCAUCUGGAACUUCGACGGCUCCAGCACGGGCCAGGCGCCCGGCGAGGACUCGGAGGUGCUGCUGCGUCCCGUGUCCAUCUUCAAGGACCCGUUCCGUCGCGGCCAGCACAUCCUGGUGCUGUGCGACUGCCUGAAGCCCGACAUGACGCCCAUCGCCAACAACACGCGUGCUGACGCUGCUCGCGUCAUGAAGGCCGCUGAGGGUGAGGAGCCGUGGUUCGGUAUUGAACAGGAGUACACUCUGUUCGAGAAGGACGGCGUGACCCCGUACGGCUGGCCGAAGGGAGGCUUCCCUGGUCCUCAGGGUCCGUACUACUGCGGUGCCGGCGCGCACUCGGUGUUCGGCCGUCUCAUUGUGGACGCUCACUACCGCGCAUCGCUGUACGCUGGUAUUAACAUCUCUGGCAUCAACGCCGAGGUGAUGCCUGGUCAGUGGGAGUACCAGGUGGGUCCGUGCACGGGCAUUGAGUCGGGCGACCACCUGUGGAUGUCUCGCUACAUCCUGUUGCGUGUGUGCGAGGACUUUGGCGUGAACGUGUCGUGGGACCCCAAGCCGAUCCCUGGCGACUGGAACGGCGCUGGCUGCCACACCAACUACUCGACCAAGGCGAUGCGUGAGGAGGGCGGCAUGGCCAAGAUCAUCGAGGCCAUCGAGAAGAUGAAGCUCAAGCACAAGGAGCACAUCGCGGCGUACGGCACGGGCAAUGAGCGUCGUCUCACGGGCCGCCACGAGACGGCCAGCAUGGACACGUUCUCGUACGGCGUGGCCAACCGCGGCGCGUCGGUGCGCAUUCCGCGGGUGGCGGAGGCCGAGGGCAAGGGCUACUUCGAGGACCGUCGCCCGGCGUCCAACAUGGACCCGUACGUCGUGACCAGCCGCAUUGUCAAGACGACGAUCCUUAACGAGGCUUAAGUCUUGAGGUUGAAAUGGUAGUAAAUCGUCGACUGGUAGUUGAUUGCAGCUUGUGCUGUUAGAGCUGCCGUAAGGUGUUGCUACUGCGUUGGCUUCUCUUUAUUUGUAGUGGAGAAGCUGGUAGUGAUGCUUCCUAUAUAUGCUUAGUGAGAGAAAAGAAUACAGAGUUCUCUUUUGAUGCUUUUUGAA